AUGACAACACCACGCAAAUUUACAGACAAUUUCGCUGCUUACACUGAGUACUCAAGGUUCAAAAAGUUCGGCCGCGAGUCGCGUUCGCCGAGCCGUGCUGCAGCCCCGAAUUCCCCAAAGACGUCUGAAGAGACCGACAAGAAGGAUGGAGAGAAGAUAGGAGAGAAAUCCGCCACAAAAUCUGUCAAGCCUACUGAGACCUCGAGCAAUAAGAAGGAAGCGGAGAAGUCCUCCCUUCCCGACGCACCAUUCCUGCUGGAAAUGAGCCCAGAGAAACUAGUUGUUCCAUAUCCGGAUCCUCUCGAAGUCACUGUCAAGAACCCAACAGAAGACACUCAAACCCUUCGUUGUCAAUUCGAUUCCUACUAUUUCCUGGUGAAUUUCAAAGAUGCCAAAUCAAGUGGACAACACGGAGUGACACCUGCGGCGGCGUACGGUUGCUAUGAGUUGGGACCGGGGGAAUCUUGUAGUAUGACUAUCCGAACGACAGAUAAAAUUAAAGACAUGGAUUUAAAAAAUAUUUAUAACUAUGAAAGAAAUGCCGAAAAACGACGUAGAUUGAAGUAUCCAAAGAAACCAAUCGACAUUGCUUAUUACAAUUAUGACCGUCCUGAGGGAUUUCUGAAAAUCAAGCAUCAGAAGAAAGGCAUGGAAACUGAGACUAAAUGGGCGGUACGAGAAGAGCAGCUGUAUUUGACGGAUGAUAUUGAGAAGAAGAUAAAGUUGAGAGAGGACGAAAUAAGUAAAAUAAGAAGAGCGAAAAGAAAUGGAGAACCGGUGAACAAUAAAACAACCGAUCCUAACACAUCUGAAUUUAUGAAGUUUUACAAAAUGAAGAUGGCUCAUAAAGCUACUCGAACCCACCAAAAAUGGAGAAAGGUCUGGGGUGAAACCUUGGUGAACAAUGACAAUGGAACACAUCGAGUUUUUGAACCAGAAUCAGAUGUUAGAGAGUUUGUUCAGAACAAGGAGAACUAUAACAAGACACUUGGAAGCGAGGCGGACAAUAUUGUGUUUUGGGAGAAAGUUUUUGCGAAAGAAUAUAGGCGUGACCCAAGAUAUCCGAAAGAAAUAGAAGAGAGAAAUCAUCUUAGAAGGGAGAAGAUGGAGACGAGAGACCGAGUUUUGAGUCGGAAUUCCGGGUUUGCGAAAUUCCUUUUUACUUCGGGAACCUUGGAGGAGGCGACUAAGAAGGCUGAGAAGUUUUUGCUGGAUCAGAAGAAGGAAGAUUGGGAGAUUGAGAAUCAAAAGAUGGAACAGUUAAGACGGAUGGAGGAGGAAAAAAAGGCGAUGGAGAAGAAGAAGAAACCGUGUUGCUCGAUUAUGUAA